ACACCAACCCGCCGUUUAUCCUUUCAGCCUCUCCAACCCUCUCCAUGGCUAAUCUUCUGAGUUACAUGUUGUUCCUGGUUCUCCGGGCGUAUGCCGCUCCUCCUGAGUUCAUCCAAGUGACUCCGGUCCCGGAAAACCCUGGAAACGAGACGUUCACCCCUUCUUUGAUCCCUCCUCCAGGAACCAGCAAACACACUCCUCACAGCAUUAUCGUCGGCGUUCGGAAAGGAGGAACGAGAGCGCUGCUCGAAAUGCUGGAUAUCCAUCCCGAAGUGGCAGCGGCCGCCACUGAAGUCCACUUCUUCGACUGGGACGAGAACUACGCCAAAGGCUUCGAUUGGUAUCGCGAACAAAUGCCGUAUUCGUUCCCUCAUCAGAUCACGGUGGAAAAGACGCCGGGGUAUUUCACGUCUCCGGUCGCUCCCGCGCGGAUCCACGCCAUGAACUCGUCCAUCAGACUCUUGCUGAUCCUCAGAGACCCUACGGAGAGAGUCAUCUCGGAUUACACACAGGUCUACUUCAACCGGCUGGAGAACCACAAGCCCGUUCAGGCCAUCGAGAACAUGCUGGUGAAGAACGGCGCGCUCAACACGCGCUACAAAGCGAUCCAGCGAAGUCUUUACGACGUGCACAUGAGGAACUGGCUCCAGCACUUUCCUCUCGAGCAGAUCCACAUUGUGGACGGAGACACGCUGAUCCACGACCCGCUGCCCGAGCUCCAGCGAGUCGAACGAUUCCUCGAUCUCCCGCCGCGGAUCGUGGCGUCCAACUUCUACUUUAACCAAACCAAAGGCUUCUAUUGCAUCCGCAGUGACGGACACGAGCGAUGCCUUCAUGAGUCUAAAGGACGUCCUCAUCCUCCGGUUAACAACACGGUUCUCCGUCAACUGCGCUUGUAUUUACGCCAACACAACCUGAACUUCUUCCGGCUUAUAGGUCGGAGCUUUAACUGGCAGUAGUGGGAGGAGCUAGAACUCGCAUUUUGACCAAUCAGAGUGGCCGGGUUGCUGAUUGACAGCUGUACAAACUCCUCCCCCUCAGCCUUUGCUCAUGAGACUUCAGA